CCAGCUGCGGGCGCGCACCAUGAACUCGUGGGACGCGGGCCUGGCGGGGCUGUUGGUGGGCACUAUCGGCGUGUCGCUGCUGUCCAACGGGCUGGUGCUGCUCUGCCUCCUGCACAGCGCUGACAUCCGCCGCCAGGCGCCCGCGCUCUUCACCCUCAACCUCACUUGUGGCAACCUGCUGUGCACCGUGGUCAACAUGCCACUCACGCUGGCCGGCGUCGUGGCACAGCGGCAACCGGCCGGGGAUCGCCUGUGCCGCCUGGCUGCCUUCCUCGACACCUUCCUGGCCGCCAAUUCAAUGCUCAGCAUGGCUGCACUCAGCAUCGACCGCUGGGUGGCUGUGGUCUUCCCGCUAAGCUACCGUGCCAAGAUGCGCCUCCGCGAUGCCGCGUUCAUGGUGGCCUACACGUGGCUGCAUGCGCUCACCUUCCCGGCCACUGCGCUCGCCCUGUCCUGGCUGGGCUUCCACCAGCUGUAUGCCUCGUGUACGUUAUGCAGCCGGCGGCCCGAGGAGCGCCUGCGCUUUGCUAUCUUCACCAGCGCCUUCCAUGCGCUCAGCUUUCUGCUCUCCUUCAUCGUACUCUGCUUCACGUACCUCAAGGUGCUCAAGGUGGCCCGCUUCCACUGCAAGCGCAUCGACGUGAUCACCAUGCAGACACUCGUGCUUUUGGUGGACAUCCACCCCAGUGUGAGGGAACGAUGUCUGGAGGAGCAGAAGCGGAGGCGACAGCGUGCCACCAAAAAGAUCAGCACCUUCAUAGGGACCUUCCUCGUGUGCUUUGCUCCCUACGUGAUUACCAGGCUGGUGGAACUCUUCUCCACAGCACCCAUCGGCUCCCACUGGGGCGUGCUGUCCAAGUGCUUGGCCUACAGCAAGGCUGCAUCUGACCCCUUCGUGUACUCCUUGCUGCGACACCAAUACCGUCGGAGCUGCAAGGAGCUUCUGAACAGGAUCUUCAACAGACGCUCCAUCCGCUCCCGCUCCGUGGGUCUCACAGGUGACUCUCACAGCCAGAACAUUCUGCCGGUGUCGGAAUGAAGGACGGCUCUACUGCCGGGGCGUUCAGAACGAGAGGACAGAGCAAAGGGAGGUGGGCUGGUCUCCUGGAUGGACAUUUACUGCCGCCAUUGCCGGGUGAUUGCAGUGAUGUUGAUGUCUGAACAAGUUCCAGGGCCCGCUUCUUGGCUUUUCCAGGGUAGAUGUCAGACUGUUCCAUCACCAAAGGAUGGCCAUGGGCCGAGGCCUGGUCUUUCUUUCUGGGAGUGUAUUUUGAGCAUUUAGACUCACCAAAGGCCUCCCAAAGAAUGGUAGGCUAGUCACUGUCAAGGACACAGAGUGUUGAUGGCGGUGUAGGGUAUGGUACACACCUGUUCGCUAGCUACUGGUCAUGGGGUUCCAUGCUCCAAGGGACAUUUCAGUGAUGCUGAAAGUGAGGUUGGCUGUGACCUUCUGAUCCAUAACUAAUAUGGCAACCCUUUUCCACUUGGUAGUGGUGGCUGCUGUAACCCAAAUAUUAUCCAGCUGGUGCCAAUUACAGUACGCUCGGCUAACACCCUUGGGCUCUGUGCUCAAUGGAAAAGUGUUUAACAACCUGUUUGCUGCCCACCAGUUGUUGUAGGAAUGGGAAUUUGGAUUCAACUUCUGCCCCUCUUUCAUCAAACAAACUAAUAUUUGCGUGUAUUGACAAUCUUAGCAUGAAAGUGGUCUCAAUAGACGGGUAAUAGAUAACGCUAGAUUCUCUGAAAUCUGAGAAGGAAGUCACCUUCUUCUGAUUUGCAUGCCAUAGUUUUGAGAGCCCAGUAAAGCAGGAAGAAGGUGUCCGGUCUCUCCUACUACCCCACAUAGGAUCUAAGCUGGUAGGAAGGACUCCCUCUUGUCUUAAACAUCUUGCCCAUCAUCUCCUGUGAGGUGGAUGCCCAGGAACUGACCUGAACAGGGAGGCAGUCUUCGUUUUCAGAUAGUGGGUUCCACUAUCCUGGUGGUUCAUUACCCUCAUUCUGCAAUUCUGUCCUGGGAAAGCAGGGAUGGUCCAAGGUCACCACAAAAGUGCUUUGUGGCACUGAUGAGAGAGUGCAAUUAGUACAGGAUGCUCUUCCAGUAAUAUACAUGCAGAUCUGUUGGGAACCGUUGUCUUGGUCUCAUUAAAAUCUAAGAUAAGGACUGGAAAGAUAGCUUAGCCAGUAAAGUACUUACUAUAAAGCCCCGAGUCUGACCCCAAGAAUCCACACUGAAGGCAAACUGGCCAUGGUGGCAUGCGCUGGAGAAGCGAGAGAGGUCACUCCCCAGGGCUCACUGGUCAGCCAAGAUUUAGCUGAACUGGUGAGUUACAAGCCAGUGACGGACCUCAAAAAGAAAGAACAGUGUAGAUGGCAGCUGAGAAACAAAACCUGAAGUUGACCUCUAACCCCACCAUAGAGCAGCGUGCAUGUACACACACACACACACACACACACACACACACACACACACCAUGUGCGUGUCUUCCUGUCUCAUCAUUACAGACUGACUUGAGAAUGCUCAGAACAGUUGUUGCUUUGCGCUGUAAGAGACUUCCCUGGGUGGGAAGGGUGGAGCGCCAUCAAGUCAGAAGCAUCUUUCCUUCCUUGUAACUUUACACAACCUAGCCUCACAAGUACAAAGGGAACUCUCCACCAGGGACCAAGCCGAAGACCGUUGGUUUUCCUUGCCAGGCAGCCCCGGUAGUUAAAGGCAGAGAAAUGUCUACUUGUCUAUUUGAAAAGAGAGCCUAUCAUUAACUCUUGGCAAUUCAUUUAGAAAACAACUCCACCAGGCCUGGUGUUGUCAGGCUUCAGAGUUUCCAUGGAGACAGUUGUAACAUCUAAGGAGGCUUUACUAUCUUCCCAUUGCUGGGAGAGAUGUACUCGCACCUACCUUGUUGGGGAAAAAGAACCUGGGCUCCAGCGGGGACUCCUCAGGACACUUGUUUGGACUUUGUACCUAUCUCUGUCCAGCCAAUCUUAUGGGGGAGUUGGUGAGGUCCACUCCUCCCUCCUGUGACAAGAGAUGUCACCCAGGUAGCUUGAAUUUAGCCACGGUGAAAGUUUUAAUGCACCCAGAAUAACUAAGUGUUGUAAAUCAGGCCUUCCUUUCCCCCAGAGCUGGUUGUCACCCAUCUACUAGAACAACACUGACACAUAUUUGUUUCUGGGACAAAACUGUCCUGGUUCAGAGUCCAUUUGGCCCCAUCUAGCACAAAUCACCGCAAUCAUUUCUAUAGCUCGGCUAGAGAAGAGCAGCUGUAUCUACCCUCUGCUGUCCCAACACUCAAAGUGCUAGGGAAGCUCAAAUCAAGCAGAGAGCCAAGACAGCAUGCACCAAAUAAUCUCCCCCUUCACACAAAUACUGCUAAAGUUGGGCAAAAUAGGAAUGGUGACCCAGAGAGAGAAGUCAGUAGAUAGGCAGGGGUGAGUAGGGACAUCCUCUUCUCCCAUAUUGGUUUGGAGGGAGAGUAACCCUAUCAAUCCUUUCUCUGCCUGCUCUGUGUUGGCAACAUAUUGCACCCUGAGUUGCACCAAGAUCUCGCUGUCCCUUCCAUAACUAAGAAGCAGGAACUGCCACCCACGACACCUCUUAUCCGGAAGGAUGUAUGCUGUAAUUUUCACUAUGCCUCUAAAACUGCUUACCAUCUAAUAAAACCCACUACAUUGGCAUCAUGCCACCGACAAGAACCCCAGAUAAGCCCAUUGAUGGAGAGUUUUCAUUAUCACUUAGGCACAGGCUUGAAAACCCAAGGGAAGCAAGAAGGAAGCGGCUCCAUUGGCAAUGAGCACCAGCCAAUGCCACAGCAAUUGCCUCCCAUAAAAGUUUAUAGCGGUCUGCACAUCUCUAAAACAUGCCCCUUGAGGUCACUGCUUCCACCUGAGUGAUCUACCUCAUUCUGGCAAUUUAAUUAAUCAAACAACGUGUGAUUUUCUCAGGUGUGAGGUAUAUGAAACAAGACUCCAUCCUCCCAAGGUGAAAGGUCUCAGUGACUUGCUUGACUCCCGCUGGUUCCCGGAGACACCUUCAUGGCACUUGGACUCGAGGGCCACUGGGCAGGUGAAACCGUUUUGUGAAGCUUGGGAGUACUGCCGACAGAGGAGAGGCCUCUUCCACAUCCCAAAUCCACUCAGAGGGCUCAGUUCCGGCCUCACACACAUGGCUGGCCUUUUAUAAUCUCUCUGCCCCAUCUGCCUUUUUCUUGCAUCCCCUUCUAGGAGGUCAGGAUCUCAGAAACCUGGGGCUCUUGGGCAUAGAGGAUACUUGCUGAAUGGCACACUACUGGUGUCUGGCUAGCUCACCGCCCAUAGACAGGUGUCUGCAUUCAGCUGGGAGAUGAACAGGGCUUGGUGACCUCCUUGGCCUGUUUCCUACUGUGUUUUCUUCCAGGGCUCAGCUCAGGCUCCUGUCACUCUGAGCAAUAAAACUCUUGUCUUGCAUUUGUGAGAUACACUUUGUUUUGCUUUUCAUGUGUCUCUCUCCUCGAGAGAAGGUAGACAGAAUAGGGCCAGGCUUGUGUGCUCAUUGUCGCUCUUGCCCAGGCUUAGAGGCAGGUAGUCAUCAGCUCUUGGCUGUAAUGCGGCUGUUGGAUGAACCCAAAGAUGGUGUAUUGUCAGGAUUUGGCCUUAACACAGGGUUAAGUCAGUUGCCUGAUUUUACUGAGGAUAUGAGGAUUUUUUUUUUUUUUUUUUUUUGGAUUUUCAAGACAGGGUUUCUCUGCAGCUUUUGAGCCAAUCCUGGAACUAGCUCUUAUGGACCAGGCUGGUCUCAUACUCACAGAGAUCUGCCUGCCUCUGCCUCCUGAGUGCUGGGAUUAAAGGAGUGUGCCACCACCACCUGGUGUGGAGAUUCUUUAAGGUGCCAGAAACCUCUUGGAUCAGCUCACAUCCUCCAGCCCAAGAACACCAUGGGGGAAGAGCUGGAGACUGUGAGUCUCCCAUUACCUUCCUGAGAAUCUGAGGAUCUGAAUGGAGACAGUGGCUAUUAAACUUCCCCAUCCCCACUGUCGCCAAGGGACUUGCUUCAGUACGAACUCCUGAGUUCCCCCUUCAGAGGUGAAUUCAGGCCAGAUGGCAGGACUUGGGAUUCUGUGAUCUACAUAUUGGUGUCCAAGCAGCUGACUCAGGUGAUAGCUCACCUUCAGAGACACUACAGGGUUAGUGUUUUAGAUGUUGAGAACUCCUUGUCAACUGGCAUUUUCAAGAAACUCAGAAACUUUGGGUCAUUAGCUCCAUGAGCAUCAGUAGUAUGCAGCACUCCCCUCCCCCAGCCCCACGAGCCCAAGUGAGGCUUCUCAGUCCCUGGACCCUUAAAAUUCGCAUGGAGAUGAUGUGCAGAGCCUUUGGUGAGGAGAGGAUUUGAAGCUCCGUUUUGUUCCUUCAGGCUCAACAGAUGAAUCUCUGUGUGAAGAGGGAGUCUGCCUUGUAAGCUCCCUGCCUUCCCUGGCAGCUCCUACGUCCACUCGAGCUUUUCCUGCCUUUCUUCAGGCCCUACUGUGUGGUAAAAGGCCUUUUCAUCUCCUUCCCCAUACACAAAGUGAAGUACAGGAGCUGGACACUUUGGGCAGUCAGCUUCCCAGGAGGGAGGAGCCAUGGGUCCUAAGGAAUGGAACUGUCCAACUUCAGUGAUCUGGAAUAUAGAAAGGGCACAGCUGAAACUGAGGGUGGUUCCUGUCAGCCUGACUCAGACGUCAGAAAUUAGGGCCUGCUCAGUAAUGGAGGGUCAGGGAAUGGGCUCCUGCCAUGAUGUGUUGAGCGGUUGGUGGCAAAACUGGAGCUGAGCAAGAGUGACAGGCAGUUAUGAGUUACGUGGGAGUGCUCACCUGUCACCCCAUAGUUCUGCAAGCCAGAGCCUCCUGUGCCAGCCCCCCGGGGAAUAUGAGUUCUACGUGGGCCUAGGUGAAGGGUGUUGCUCAGCGCUGUUAACCAGAGACCCUGGAAGACUUUGCAGAGGCAGUGAACUUUGGGCCAGAACUGCCACGACAAAGGGGUGAGACAUAGGAGAUUUGGACCAGCCUGGGAAAGGUCCAGGUAGGCGGGGCUUAGUGCACAUUCAGAAACACUGGAAGGGGGGAGUGUUCAGAAAUGGGCAGUAACUCCUGAGACACAGGGAAAGCCAUCUGUGGCCAGCAGGAUGCAUAUUCUUAAAAUCAGAACAACAUAGAAAAAGAUGAUGGGAGAAAAAUGGACAGAUAUUUAGCUAUCCAAAAAGAGAAGAAUGAAAAAGCUGGAGGAAAAAAAGGAAGAAAGGGAAGGAAGGAUGGAGAGGGAAAAGGUGAAUGGAGCUGCAUUCAUUUUGAGGGGAGUGACACGUUUCAUUUUAAUUAGCUAUUUUAUAUACUUAUUUACUCACCACCUAGUCUGCCCCUCCACUCCUUUCCACCCCCUCUCCCUCCCGUCUUCAUGCACUUUUUUUUUUAUCUUUUAACCACCGAGUUCUAAUGGUGUCGCUAGUAUGUGUGGGUGUGUAGGGCUGUCUAUCAGAGCAGGGCAAUCCACCCAGAGACAGACCUCAGAAGAAAACUGAUAUUCCCAAAGCAGCCGUCACUGCCAAUAGCUCCUCAGCCGGAGAAUGGGGCUUUGUAAUCUCCUCCCCGAUGCACGUUAGGAUUUUGACUGGCUUUAACUUAUGCCGGAGAAUGCAGCCACAGCCGCCGUGACUUCAUGUGUACAAUGGGUCACUGUCAUGACCAGAAGACAUCUUUUUGCUGCAGUCUUCCCAACCUCUGGCUCUGCUCAUCUUCCUACUUGCUUCAAUGAGCCUUGGAGGAGGAGGCAUCAGAUAGAUGUCUUACACAUAAAGAGAACUCAAAGAUGAAUACUCUUGGAGCCUCUUACAUUCUGUAGUUUGACCCGCUAUGGGUCUCUGUACUAAACUCCAUUUACAGCAGAAAAAAAACUUCGCUGAGGGUUGAAAACUACCCAACCUGAAGGUGCAGGGAAGUGAGAUCCCGGAGGUCAAUGUUUAAUGAUAUCUAUAUAUUUCUUUGAGAAUUUUAUAUAAUGUGUUUUGCUCCUAGUUACUCACAAGUCCUCCCCUUAACAUCUCCCAGUUCUGCCCCUACCUUCCUACCCCGCCCCACAUUUUAAAGCUAUCAACUCCAAUUUGGGCUGUUCAUAUAUUUCUAGGUGUGGAACAUGGUCAUGCUAUCAGACAACAUGUUUCAAAACUGACUCUCCCUUCUCCGGAAGGCAGAAACUGUCCAUACCUUCUCAGUUAGGGCUGACGGCUCAUGAGCCACUUCCUAUCCUGGGCUCGAAGUUGCCUGGCUUGAUAUCACACAGGCAGCCCCAGCUGCUGUGAGAGCGAGCACUGUAGUUCUUUCACGGCCAGAAGACACGGCGAUGUCAGUCUGCUCCUCCCCAACCGCUGAUUCUCAAAUCUUUCAGUUCCCAUGAUGGGCCAUGAGCCUUGGCGUGUGUGUGUGUGUGUGUGUGUGUGUGUGUGUGUGUGUGUGUGUGUGUGGUGUGUGAUUUAGAUAUCGUGUUUGUGACUAAACACUCCACACUUAUUUAUUCUCUGUAGUUUUUCCACAAACCAUCAUUCACUGCAUAAAGAAACUUCUCUGAUGAGGUCUACAAGCUGCACUCAUGUAUGAAUAGCACAGAUAUAUAAAUUAAGAGGGCAGUUUAAUGCUGUCUCCAUUGAUCAAAAUGAUAAUAUAAAUCUUUAAAAUAACACACACACACACAUAUACACACGGAGCCUGUGAACUCCCUAUCUGUGGAUUCUUGGACAGAUUUGCAAUACCAGGCAUGUGUUUCUUCCUGUGUAGUAGACCUUAAAUCCAACCAGAAAAUGAUUGGUUACCCCAUAACAUUUGUGACACUAUUGUACAUACCCAUGGGCAAAUCUUGCUAUGUUUGUCUUUAUUAUAGUUAUCAGGGCUCACAGAUGGCUAAGACUGUUGAUGACAUUUUCUCCAGCAGCCUGCACAGCACCUUCUAGUACUAUGAGAGCUAGCCAACAACGGAUGAAGCUUCCUGGUCAGUAUUGAUUUUACCAUGUCCUGUGAUUAAUGUGUGCAGUAUUUUCAGCAAUCGGGUUCUAUUGUCAAGCUCUGGUAUGCAACCAAGCCAACAUUCAUUGCUACUGAGGGUGUUCAUCCCUCUUUUGUUUGUUUAGAUGCUCACUUACUUAUUUGCUUAUUUUUAAGACAGGCUAUCCCAGCUGGCCUUGAACUCACCAUAUAGCCCACACGGGUCUCAAACUUGCACCAGAUCUUACAGUGAUCAGCAAUCCCCCUGCCUCAGCCCCCUGGGUGCUGACAUUGCAGACAUGAGCCACCACACAGCUACGAUUAAGUCCCAAGAGACCAAACCCAGGCAUCUUUUCCUAGGGCACCUCCUCUGAUGGUAGCCUGAGAGAAAGCAAAGGAGUGUCUUCAGUUUCUCUAGGUGAGCGUCACACAGUUAGCGUCCGUGCUGGGACUGAGAUACACACUGCUGGCAAUCCCCAGGAACAAAUGAAGAACGGACAUAGCACAGUGUACCGUAACACAGUCGUGGUGCAAAGGCUGUCCUCCCACUUACUAGACAUCCCACACCCUCACCUUCCUUUGCAGGCAAGAUGAAUAGUUCAUUCCUGCAAUGUGUCAUGUAAAUGCGCACUUCACAUUUAAAAGUCAAAUGUGACUGGAGCCAAUAGCAGCACGGCUGUUUUAUCAUGCACACCCACGUUUAAGGAUUUUUUUUUUAAUCGAUUGAUAUUUUAGCGUCAAAAGCCUAUGUGUGCCCCUCGGAUGUAUAUGGUCUUAGGAACACCCAUGUCCCCUCACACAUGCCCAGUAAGUCUGCAGAGUCACCAUCUUCCGUAUUCCCUAGCACGGAAGUAGAGAUCUUGUCGUGAUGGUUUCAAAGGGCUUAGAAUUCCUUCUUGGAGACAGGCAGUCCCAGGCUUCCGCUACACUCCACAGCACCCAAUGAGAACAGGUUUAGGGUAGAGAGCAACAGAGGCCAUCACAAUGACAUUCCUGCAAUGUGUCUGGGUGAUUGGAAAUCAGGUCGUAGUAAUUUCUCAGGCUGGUUAAAAUCCCUAACACCCAAUCCCCAAAUCCCCAGCCUCCCAUUGCCUUCCUUCAGCUCCUUGUUUGCCAAACCUUUACUUGAAUUAUUAAUAGUAACCAACUCGCCCUGCUUGCGAAAGCUUCGAAUGCCAAGUUUCCUUGCAAACUGAACCGAUUCCAAACCUCAACAAUCCUGUUUUACAAGAAGUGUGUAAAUACAAUCUCUCCUGGAGCAUAGGGGCAUUCAUGGGAUCCGGCGUCCCACCAAUCCCAUCCGGAUCCCCUGCAAGAAACCCAAUUGCUCUGAGUUGCAAGUAGCAAAUCAAAAGGGUACCUCGCCUUGGCCUCCCUGCCACCCGGGGCAGUUACCUCGAUGCAGAAUGAAUCACAUUCUUUGCUUAGGCACCUCUGGGAGGAGUUGAAACCUUGCAUCUAAAUGCCGACUUCCCAUUUGGGGAGGAUGCUCUUGGGUGGCCAUAACUCUCCCUCUGGUGUUGUGUCCUGUAUAGUGGAUGAGAACAGACGCUAUGAGCCAUGUCCAUCCUUCCUCCCCAAGCAAACACAGCAGAAUGAUCUUGCCUUGUAUCCCAUAGAAGCAGCAUCAUUUCUUGGGAGUGAGAGGCUGAGGCUAGACUCCUACAAGGGAAUGCACUUUGUAUCUUAACAUUUCAAGAAAACUUUAAGAUUUAGGAAAAUAAAAGAUAUUUCUGGCGACAUUUGAUUGGGGUCCCCAUGGUGUUGUGGUCCUCCCCAGGAGAGUCUUAGGGAGAUAAAUGGAAGCUCAUGUGCCGAGUCAAUGCCCCUCCCACCAGUGUGCCUGCCCGUGUGUGCAUACUACAUACGGUGGAGGUUCCACACCAACAGCCGAACGCCCGAGCGCCAAAUGGAGCAAAAGUUUAGUGUCUUACGUCACUGUAGUUUUAACGUGGCUUUCUGAUUUAAUGAAUGAAACUCUGACUCCAUUUAUUCUUACGUGAAGUAUCACUACUCUACUCUCUCUCCCAAUGUGGCGACAUUUACCUUCCCUGUGACGCACCUGCCAACAGCUGUAUUCUACUGGAACGGGACUCGAGAGAGAUUUGAAUCCAAGGCCAACGCUGCCUGCUCUGUUUACAAUGGCUUGUGUUUUGUGAAUAUAUAUCAAAUGUUGUAAUAUAUUUUUAUGAUAGAAUUGAUGGUUAAUACAAGGGAAAUAUAUAAAUAUAUAUUGUGAUUCUGUCCAAUAAAGAUAACUGUUAUAAAAUCU